CCGGUCAGCUAAAUCUGUGGCGGACUCGUCGUCGUUGUUUGCUUAGGGUUUCUCCCACUCUCUCUGCAACGAGCGAAGAGAGAUUGUAUUUGGGGAAGGAUGAAUCCAUUGACGCAGAUAAAGUGGACACAGGCUAUAAACGCCAAGGAAGCAGAUCUAGGAAUCUCCGAAGAGGCCUCGUGGCACUCCAGGUACAAAAAUUCUGCGUAUAUAUACGCCGGAGGCUUAGCUUUCGACCUCACGGAGGGUGAUCUCCUCGCCGUUUUCGCACAAUAUGGUGAAGUCGUAGAUGUCAAUCUUAUAAGAGACAAGGCCACUGGAAAAUCUAAGGGUUUUGCGUUUCUUGCUUAUGAAGAUCAAAGAAGUACCAUUCUCGCUGUUGAUAAUCUGAAUGGAGCUCAGGUGUUGGGGAGGACCAUUAAGGUUGACCAUUGUAGGGAAUACAAGAAGCAUGAAGAGGAAGAUGAAGAGAUGCGACAGCAUAACAGAGAGGCACGUGGUGUGUGCAGAGCUUUUCAGCGAGGAGAGUGUACUCGUGGUGAUUCUUGUAAAUUCUCACACGACGAGAAAAGAGCUGCAAAUACUGGUUGGGGUCAUGAAGAGGAUAGAAGCGCCAAGUGGGAUCAUGACAAGUUUAAUGGUGCCAAGAAGGGUGGUGGCCAUCGAGGAGAUUUCAAUCCUGAUGCGGAGGAAGAGAAGAAUUACAGAGGAAAGGGUCAUGGAGAAAGAGAAAGAGUAGAAAGGGAGCCAAGGUCGAGAGAUUCGUAUGAUAGGAGGGAACAAAAGAGAUCAGGGCGGCUUGAUGAUUCGCAAUAUAGAAGACACGAUGCUGAAAAGGAUUAUGUAAGGGAAGACAAGAGAUCCAGAACACAUGAUAGCGAGAAAUCCAAGGAAAGAUCUAGAAGAGAUUAUAUUGACAGGGAGGGAGAAGGUUCAAGUCGGCAAACAUUAUCAUCAUCUAGGAAAGAUAGUGAUUAUUCAAGCAGGGAGGGUCGCCGUCGCUAAAAGGGAUAGAUUAUGGUAUGCUAGAGUCUCUCUGAAUGUGAUGUGUUGUUCUUUACAAGAGAGUUGGUUAUAUAAACUGCUUUGCGCUUUAACCGUCAUGCUAUGUUUGUUGUGACAUCUGAGACUUGUUAUUACUUCAACUGUUUGAAAUGAAUGAAGUCGUUUAUGG